AGGUCAACAGCAUAUCGUGCAUCGAGUUGAGCCAACUUUCAUCAAAGAAAAUUUCGGAUGAUAUGGCAUCCAUGGAUUCAAAUAGACCAAGGAGAAAGGUUGCGGCCGCAUGUCAACGCUGUCGAAAACAGAAAUUGAAGGCGUGUUAUCUUUGCCGUCUAGCCCCCAUCUGUGCCGGCGGUGGUAACAUUCAUUACAUUUUCUAACAAGCUCGUCCAGUGUGAUACUCAGCGUCCCUGCACUCUGUGCCUCCGAGCCGAAGUGGACUGCAUCAAUGAGACGCCCAGCAUCUGGAGGAUCCAGGGUCCCAGUAUCACCCCGUCACGGACCCGGAAGGGAGAAAAGGUGCCGGGCACAAGCAGGUCUCGUUUAGCGAAACGAGACCGUCGAGCAGCCGGGAUGGAUGAACUUACCGAACCAGGUUCUUCUCCCGCCAUGGUUGUGACCAUGGAUACCUCAACAUUCUCUUCGGAACCUCAGUCAGUUCGCGAUGAAUCUAGUCCCGCACCUCGGGCUGUGUCAGAACAGGUCUCGUCUAGUAGACCUUGGUCGACAAACUCGGCUGCAGUAAGCUUCCUGGAUGAGGCAUUCCAACACCACGACAUAGACACGCCGGAGGAAGCAGACACUUCGGCAUUCGCGGCUACUGAGUGGACCUCAAGAGGAACGCACGAAGCCGUCAGAGAAGCUGGUGCUUCCGUCGCGUCAUUGCCUCGAUCCCUUUCGCAGCAGCGGAUCCGGUCCAUCUCACGGCAACAUGGCGCCAUGAGUGCAGCCCAGCGAGACUUUCUUUCCGUCCUGCCACCAACUGCGCCUAUGGCGUUACUAGUCAACGUUUACUUCGAGAAGAUCCAUUGGUUUAUGAUGAUAUUCUUUACAAGCGAGUUCCGAGCUCGAGUCCAAGAACUUCAUACGACUACAGCACAGGGAGGUCUGCCAAGAAAGGCUAAUCCGGGCCUUCUUGGCCUUGUGCUUGCUGUUUGCUUGACUAGUCUCCGCUACGCGAGCCCCGAACAGAACACUCAACUCACUGAACUUGGUGUAGAUCCAGAGUCAUUGCAGGAAACCAUAUUGGGAACUUUGAAGGUGAGAUUCCUCGACGUCGUCUCCUUGGGAUCCAUAGAGGCUGUUCAAAUGUGCAUCCUCUUGGGAAGUUUCUACCUGUAUCACGGAGAACCCGAGCUCGCCUGGCCAAUUUGCGGAAGCGGUCUGCGUAUCGCCCAAGCUCUCAAACUUCAUCAGCGAUAUAAAGAUGAGGAUCAGCCUUCCACGGUGCCUGAUGUUGACAACCCAAUCCACAGGGCAGCUGAGACGCGCAAACGUUGCUGGUGGGCCAUCUAUGAGAUUGAGACCUUUUGCUCGAUGCUGUAUGGUUUUCCCCUAAGCAUAGUGGACGAGGAUUGCAACGUCGACGUACCCGAACAGUAUCCUUUGCGAUCCAAAGAUGCGUCUUGGGAGUCUAUCAGGUGGAAAUCCACUGGAAAAGCUACCGUGCUCUCAUACAAGGUAUCGAUGGCGCAGCUGUCGGUCAUUGUGAAAAGGGCACUUUCGGAGCUCUACGGAAACCGGAAGCAGACCAACGGCAAUGAGCUUGGUGCAAGAACUGAAGGGCCACUGGUUCAGCGUCUCAUAAAUACCGUCACCAGUCUAGACCAGCAGAUCCGUCAAUGGCACGACUAUCUUCCGCAAGAGUUGCGUUUGAAAGAGGGUAACCGGCUUCAGCAGGAUGCAAGACCGGCGAACUGGGCGGGGGGCAGCAAACUUUCACUGGGCCCAGAACACCAUCAGCACACUUUCCGCAUCCAGGCACUAGCACUCAAACUCGCGUAUGAAAACGCCAGAAUUUUAGUUCACAGGCCCUUACUAGCCUACAGAGCGAUGAAGAAGAUCAACACGGCCGGGGGCUCAGAUUUCCGCUCCAUCGGAGAGAAUGAUCCUCUCCAGAGCUCGGUGCGAAGUUGCCGAGACGCUGCCUUGCAGAUUGCGAAUAUCGGGUGCACGCCGCACUUCAAAGAGGUGAUCGACACCUACGCCUUAUCAUUUGUCGCGCUGCAUCUCUUCACUGCCGGUGUUACGCUCUCAAUCAUGACUGGACUGGACCCAUUGAGCCGGGAAGCCUAUGAUUCCAAGAUGGGUCUUCGAAAGUUGAUGGAGAUGCAUUCCCAACUCAAAUCCAAGUCUGUUGUUGCUGAACAAGGGCUGAACAUUCUCACGAAACUAAUGAAGCUUGUCAUGACCAAGGAGUUGGAGAGAAUGCUUCACUUGGAUGUUCCCCCGCAAACGGAACCCAACCGAAAGGGAAGAGACAACGAGUCAAGUGGUAGCUUGAAUGCCGUCGAAGUCACUGCCCGAGGCACCGAAAUAACCACUAUAGGUCCAAGCAGCAACAUCGAUCACAACGCAUUACAGCAAUGCACACCAGCGGCCGACACGGUCGAUGAUGCCACAGCUAGCUUAAGCUUCAGCGAAGACCCAAUUAUAACACAAGCGCUUUCGGAGUUCGAGCAGAUUAUGAUGUACGAUAUCAAUGGUGUCGGAGAGGAAGACCCGGUGGAGUUCAGCGAGUACCUCACUGAGAGUUGUUUCGGGAGACAGGAUCAGGGAUGGAUAUGGAACCAAGGCCACUCGUUUGCAAGCUAGUAACGGAAGCUGAUCUAUCAGAAACUGAAUGUUUGCCAGGUCCAUCGACACAGCAUUCUGAGAUCUGAAGUCAUCGGGUAACUACACCGUACACGCCAUAUCAACCCGCGCACCGCAGAGGAAAAUCGACCCACAGGUUCGAUUUGGACCUCAAUAAAUCGAAUAUAGUUCUCAUGUACACCAGAGACCUCUGGUUUAGUCAGGAGCCCAUGAAUUCUACCGGUAUUAUGGUUUGCCAGGUUGGUUUUCUCGAGGAUCGCGGGGUUCAUCUCCCCACCGGAGUUCGAACUUACCGUGCUCCGGCGGGGUAACACGACCAGCCAAUCUAGCCAUUCUUUGAGCUAAAACCGCCGCAUUUACUUCAGAAAUACCGCAGACCCAUUUGCUUGACGAUGUUUCCGGUGGAGAACCUUCGAAGAAUUGGGUCAUCAUGAUGCCGGCUGUUCCUGUCGCUGGG